AUGGCCUCAAGUUUUAACGUCAUGUUCUUCAAUUGCAUUUUGGUCUUGAUUUCGAUAUUUUCAUUACUGAUUGUGCGUUGGCUCAUCAAAACAUUCACAAAUUCUCAAGCCAAAAUCCGUUUUCCACCAGCCCAAAGCCCACCAGCUCUACCAAUCAUCGAUCACCUUCAUCUAUUAAGCACCCAAUUGCCAAAGUGCCUCCAAACACUAGCUGGCCGUUAUGGCCCCCUGAUGCAAAUACGUAUAGGUGCAAUCACAUAUGUCGUGGUUUCCAACGCCGAUGUUGCCAAUGAAAUCUUGAAAACCCAUGACAUCAACUUUUCCUCUAAGUAUGAGUCUGGUCCUUGCCAAUGCAACAUAUACAAAGGCUUUGGUUUUAUCACUGCCCCUUAUGGCCCUUAUUGUCGAUUUAUGAAAAAACCGUGCGCGACGAAACUUUUUGCAGGAGCCCAGCUUGAUAGAUUCAAUCAUAUGCGAGAGCAAGAAUUGGAAAAGUUGUUAAAAUCAUUGAUGAAGGGUUGUGACCAAGGAGAGGCCUGCAAUUUGGGGGUUGAGGUAGCCGACCUGAUGAACAAUUUGACAUUCAGAAUGACUAUGAGCAAGAAAUUUUCGGGCAAUGGUGGUGAAGCUAAGAGGAUGAGGAUGUUGAUUCUGGAGAUUAUGGAGCUUGCUGCCAAGUUUGGUGCGAAUGAAGUCUUUGGUUUUCUCAAAAAUAUCGAUCUCUUUGGAAAUGGGAAAAAGAUUAGAGAAGCAAUUUGCCGUUAUGAUGUAUUUUUGGAGGAGAUAAUGAAGGACUAUGAAGACAAUCUAAAGAACGGUGAAGAAACUAAUGAAGAUAGAGAUCUGAUGGAUGUAGUGUUGGAGACUUACAGAGACACAAAUGCUGAAGUGAAGUUAGCGAAAAAUAAUAUAAAGUAUUUCUUCAUGGAACUAUUUAUGGCAAGCGUCGAUACUACGACAGCUGCCAUACAAUGGAUCAUGGCAGAGCUCAUCAACCGUCCUGAAGUAUUCAAGAAGCUAAGAGAUGAAAUUGAAUCGGUCGUGGGGUUUAGCAGGCUAGUCAAAGAAUCGGACGUUCAAAAACUUCCUUAUUUGCAAGCAAUCGUUAAAGAAUCCUUGAGACUUCACCCUCCGGCACCCAUAGUGUUCAGAGAAUGCAUCACAGAUUGCAAGAUUAAAGGUUUCGACGUUAAGGCUAAGACUAAAACCCUAGUAAGUUUAUAUGCCAUCAUGCGGGACCCGAAUUCGUGGAAUGAUCCAGACGAAUAUUUACCAGAGAGAUUUUUGAGUGAGAACAAAAUUGAUGAACAUAAUGAGAUGGAAAUGAAGGGUCAAGAUUUUCGUUACCUUCCAUAUGGUGGUGGAAGAAGAGGAUGUUCAGGUGCUGCACAUGCUCAUUCAGUGAUGCAUGCAACGAUUGGAGCAUUAGUCCAGUGCUUUGACUGGAAAGUGAAGGGCGGUGAAAAGAUUGAUAUAAUUGUUGGGUCUGGAUUUUCGGGAGCAAUGGCAGUUCCUCUUAUUUGUUACCCUAUUACACGUUUUAAUCCCUUGACAUAUUCAUGGCGGGGACAGACACGUCAUCAGCGGCCAAGCGAUGGGCCAUGGGAGAACUCAUUACCAUCCAAAAGCCUUGAAGAAACAGAGAAACGAGAUCAAUUCAGUAGUGGGAACAAACAGGCCGGUCAAAAUUUUCGUUACUUUCCAUUUGGGAGUGGGCGAAGAGGGUGGGCUGAUGCAUCACUUGCCAUGUUGGUGAUACAUGCAGCCGUUGGAUCGUUGGUCCAGUGUUUUGAUUGGAAACUUCAUGAUGGGGAGGAGGUUGAUUUGAUCCAAGGGCCAGGAUUUUCAACAGAAAUGGCCAAAUCACUUGUACGAACUACUGUGUUUAAUUACUUACUGUGA